CUUUUCAUGACACAUUCUGCACGGCUAAGUUUGAAGGAAAUCUGAUGGCACUGUAGCAUGUCAAUUUGAGCAACGUGGUUUGAUAACAAGUUGGCAACGAACAUUUCCAUUUCCAAACUUAGUUUCGGGAAGAGGAUGCGACACUCACACAAGAGCAUCGAUUGCAGCCUAAGGUCAACUCAAGUUGAUGGAUACGGCGUCCAAGUACGACUUUGAAAAUGAUUCUUGUACAGACAAAACUAUGAAAAACUCGGUACAUCAUCGGAUGUGGAAUAGACGGAUAUCUUAUUGAGAGAAUCCACGAAGACAGAUCACCAUGAUUCAACCCAAAUCCGUCCGCCCCACGCUACUUCUGUUAAUGGCCUCUACAAUCUCCAGUGGGCAGACCGGGUUUCACAAUGGGUCCACUCUCGGAAAAAUCAGUGUUCCAACGACAUCUUCUACUCCGUCUUUUCUCUCGCCAACCUACGUAGGCGUAGAUACACCACAGAAAGCACGGACUAAUGAUGUUCAAACGACAGAAGGUGGACACAGACAAAAGUUGGCGCCAAGGUUAGCUAAAGUGGGCGGCAUUUUCACAAGCUCCGGGUAUCAAACGCCAUUUCAGCAGCAAGUUGAUACCAUCAACUCUUUGUCCAAUAGAACGGUGACUAUACAACCUGAGUCAGUUGUUCUUCAGAGACACACGCCUUUAGAGAUAGUGGACGCCGUAUGUGGGAAAUUACGUGAUGCAGACGCUCUGCUGUUGUCUGGUGGAAGCACUGAUAAGUGGGUGUGGCAGUUCGUUGCCAUGGUAGCGGGGUAUCUGCACCUGCCUGUGAUUGGACUGCACAUAGCCUUCCCAACUUUCAACGCCAAUCAGGCACAAGACACAACCUUGUUACAGAUCAGCGCGUCACUAAAAGAUCAAACUCGCGCCCUCUUCGAUCUCCUCGACUCCCAGGGGUGGCACGAGUUCGCCAUUUUGAAAACUGAACUUCCGGGUCACGCAGAGUUCACUUCCUAUGUGCAGACGUACAUGGAGCGAUCCGACAAGUGGAAGUUAGAUUCCACCAUAACAUUUGACGCUGCCAACGCUAACCGUUUUUCCACAAGGAGGGUACGUCAGAGAUUACGUAUGAUCAAAGCCAAGGCUGUCAUUCUUUUCUGCUCCACUACUGAUGCAUCAUGGGUAUUCAAUAUGGCGGAGUCCAUUGGAAUCUUGGAGGACAACCACGUGUGGAUAGGUUUUCAGUCCAUUUCGGCUGGUGUUGUCAAAUUUCCUCAAGCGCCGGAGGAGUAUCCGUUGGGACUAAUCUUGCUACACUUCCGCGAGGCUCAGUAUACGAUAGAACAUGCGCUACAGGAUGCUUUGGCGGUUCUCCGCGAAGGAUUGUCGGUGUACUUGCAACAAAACAACCGGGUUGCUUCUCCACACGUUAACGGAACCAAUGAGUGCAGGGACCUGGCCUCUUUGAGAAGUUUGCGUUCCGAGAACGCAUUUGACAGGUUUAUGGAAGUAUUCAGUAGGAAGAAUGCGGUGAUGCAGUUUGGAAAGGACGGAUUUGUUGAGAAGCCGUCAUUUGCCAUUGUUAGUAUUGACAAGCGGGGAGUAUUUGACAGGGUCGGGAGCUGGUACAAUGGCACGAUCACACUGGAGAGGUCUCUGAAUGAGAUUAUUACAAAUCAAGGCAACCUGCUCACCCCCCUUCCCACGGCAAGGCAUUUCAACAUCGUGACCAUCAAAGAGGAUCCCUUCGUCUUUGUCUCGGAAAAGGACGACGCGAUAUGCAUGGGGAACGCUGUGGAGUGCAAGCAAGCUAUAGACGGACCGCCCGGACAUGUCAUCAGGUGCUGCUCUGGAUUCUGUAUGGAGUUAUUGCUUCAACUGGCCAAAGAUCUGCACUUUACAUAUGAGGUGUACCUUGUAGAGGACGGGAAGUUCGGUAAGCUCAGCGUGACCGGGAAGUGGAACGGUGUGGUCGGGGACAUCGUUGCGGAGAAGGCAGACAUGGCGGUGGCGUCCCUUACUAUCAACGAGGAAAGAUAUGAGUAUAUGGACUUCUCGGCGCCGUUUGUCGAGACGGGGAUCAGUGUGCUAGUCAACCGGAGGAAGGGCAGCGUCUCCCCGUCCGCAUUUCUAGCUCCAUUAGACGUAUGGUCGUGGCUGAUGAUAUUUCUGGUCUGUGUGCACGGCAUGGCCCUUGCCAUCUUUGUCUUCGAGUUUCUACGCCCCAGAGUUGGCAGGGCGAGGAGGCUGUUUGCCGGAGAGGAGGAGUACAAGUUUACAGUGUUCAGCGCCAUAUGGUUGAUGUGGGGGAUGUUGUUCGGCGGGGCGGUCCCUGCGGACAACCCCAAGGGCACCACCAGCAAGAUGACGGCCUCCGUCUGGGCGUUCUUCGGCCUCAUCUUCAUAGCGUCUUACACGGCUAAACUGACUGCGUUCAUGAUCCUGGAAGAAAAGAGGGAGACUAUCACAGGCAUGAAUGACCCUAAGUUCCAGAACCCGACUGGGAGUUCGCCACCCUUCAGGUUCGGUACAGUUCCGGACGGCAGCACGGAGAAGAACAUCAAGCGGAACUACGGCAGCCACAUGCUGGACUACAUGAACCAGUUCAACAACGAUUCACCCAAAUCGGCAGCGGAAGCCCUCAAACAUCGGGAGCUGGAUGCUUUCAUCUACGACGCGGCCGUUCUUGACUGGGUAGCGGGGAAAGACCCGGACUGUUCCCUCGUCACCAUCGGGGAAGGGAAGAUAUUCGCCGCCACAGGCUACGGCAUCGGGUUCCCUAAACGGUCCGUUCUCAAGAAGGAGUUCGACUUGGAGAUCCUGCGAUACCGAGCAAACGGCUUUCUUGAUGAACUGAAAGCGGAAUGGCUGCGGGGAAUUUGCCAUCAAAACAGCCAGGUCGACGCCAGAAGCGACCCGCUGGAUGUGGAGAACUUGGCGGGAGCGUUCUACCUCCUGGCCACGGCCAUCGGCCUGAGUCUGCUCGUCCUAGCGGUGGAACAUGUGUACUACAGGUCCAUCCGGCCAGCCCUUCUGAGCAGGCGGAUCGACUGUAACGGUGCCUGCUCGCUGAUCAGUACGGGAAUCCACAAAAGCCUUGACGUUGGAAUGGGAGAAGGGAACGGGCUGGACUCACACGAGUCUCUAUACGAGGAUAUGUGUGAGGACUGCAACAACACGAGUCCAGAGGACAGGAACCAGAUCGCCAUGUCAGAAACCGUCACGUCAGACAUAGCUCUAACACUGUCAAGGUCACCAACACAAGAAGCUCUACCGAUGGGAGACUAUCACACGGAACCCCCGGGGGAAGGCGGCGGAGGGGUCGAGAAGGAUGAGGAUGACGGGGAGGGCUUUGUGAGCCCCAGCGGACGUGUGAUGACAUCUGCAUGAUAUGUACAUAACGAUAGAGGGCGUAGUUGUGCAGCAAAUGUUUGUACAGGUCAAUUGUCACAUUUAAGAUUGUCACUUGCUGUAUCAGGUAAU